GUGAUGCAUACUGUUACCUCUAUGGCCCAUAAGAUUUCCUCAACGGCCCAUAAAAUUUCAUCUAUGGUGUGUUGAGGUCAAAGUAUCCAUCGUGGGCUUGUGGAAACUGGGCCUUCCAACAGUGGGCUUUUAGGCCCAAGGAGGGCCUGCGUCCUUCCCGCACAAUCACACGACUCCGAUCUGUGACCAGAGUUUCAUCGACAAUCUCCAUGGAAGAUCGGAAUGAAAUUCGAAGCUCUGAAAAUGAAAAUGGGGGAGUAUUGCAGCAGAAGCAGGAAGAAGAACUAGAUGAACAAGAGCAGCACGUUCUGAAGUUUUUGGAUUCAAUGGACAGCUACGUGACCCUACUUGAUUCCUUGUCUUCAACACUUCGCCAGGGAUGGCUGGAAAUGGCCAGUGCUCGACAUUCCAUGGGUGCUUCACGUAUCAACAGUGCUUUGUUUGACCUUAAAUUCCACCCAGCUGCCACAUCAUUGCAAGUAACGCAAGAUAAUGGUGACUCCGUGGUUGAACAACCACAAUUUACAUUGUGUAAAUGGGCAUCCCCUGAAUGUGGAAGAUGCCACUCUGAGGAAGGAAAAUUUAAUGAGGAUGAGUUGCUGAAGAAAUCCAAUAGCUCAAAUCUACGACACCGGAGCAAAUCCCCUUUUUCUGAAUUACCAGGGGAAAGCACAACGACCAGUGGGGCUCCAGCUGUGGUUGACUGCCAAAUACAAAAGGAGAGAAUUAAAUCGUUAUCAGUGUUUGGAACAUUGGUUUCUCCAAAGCUUCGAGCUGCACAACAUUCAUUUGAGACAGCAUUAGAGACUCUAGUAGAAAUAGCAAACAUGCGAUCGUCGAUGCUAUCUGCAUUUGUUCAAGUCCAAUCUGGAAGGCCCUGAAGGCUGACAAAAUGUUGGCCUUUUCAUGUUUAACCAAACUUUCUGAAAGGCUUAUACUUUUUUCAAUGUCUGCCUUUUUUCAAUUUAGUCAUAUCAGGUUGAAGUUUAUCAUACCCAUAGUAUGUCAGUAUGCCAAUUGUAUUUUGAAUCUUCUAACAACAACUUUGGGUUGUAUGGGAUUUCGAAUUAGACUGAGGCGAUUUCUACAGUGGGCUUUUCUUGUCUUAUUAGAUUCUAUAAUUUUUUGUUCUUAGUGAAUAUUUACUCUUUAAUUACAGAGAAGGAAUUCCAAGCAA